GCCUCUGAUGGUGGUGUCCUUUCUGCACUGGCAAGAUCAGAGUGCCUCUGUGCAAUUCUAAUCAGUGCAGUGGAGGGAAAGAGAGGGGGGUUGAGGUGGGGUAAGGUUAGAGAGAGAGAGAGAGAGAGAGACAGACAGAGAAAAGCGUGUGUGUGUGUGUGCAUUUGUAUGAGAAAGAAAGGGAGGCAAGAUAGAAGGGGAAAGGGGUAGAGAGACAGACGAUGAAGAAAAGGAAAGAGUGUGUGUGUUUGCAUCUGUCUGUGUGUUUGAGAACGAAAGGCAGGGAGCGAGACAGAGUGAGGGAGAGUGCAAGCCAGAAAGGGAGAGAGAGAAAGAGAGGCAGAGGGAGGUGAAUUGAUACAGUGGGAGAGUGAGGGAGAGAGAGAGGUGGUUACGUGGAGCAGCACCCCACUUCAUCAGGCAGCAUACGGCAGCCCUGCAGUGCGAUCACACAGUAUGGGAAUGGGGCUAUGAGAUCGAGAGCAAAAGCAGAGAGAGACGAGAGCGAGAGGGGGGGGUUUAAAAGAAGAGUUUGAGGGAUUUACUUGGAUGAGAAGGGGAUGAUCACUGAGUCUGUUGCCUAUCGUGGAUGGGAAGGACGUGGCAGCAGUGGCUGUGGUUGAGGCAGAUCUGUGGUCUCCUGUGUUUAAGUAGCCGGCGUCAGGACGUUAUGCCCUGUGAGCAGUGAAGGGUAGCGUGUGUGAGCCAGGAGCAGCUGCUGUGACUGCAUCUGCGCUGCCUGCAUCUCUCAGACAGGCAGGGGAUGCAGCAAACCUCUGCCCUGAGCACAGAGGCUGCUAGCUGUACCCAGCGAGGAGAAGAACCAGGUGGGCUGGGGUGGGAGUGGGGGGGGGCGCCUGCCUCAGGAAGGAGCUAGCUUAACCUGCACUGUGGUCCUGCAGUGAUCCUUGCUUCAUAGUAAAGAGGCUCACUUGCCGUCUGUUGGAUCUGAACCUGGAUUUACUGCUUUGAGAGAUGAGAAGCACGUUCUCUGGCGGAGCCGCACAGCCAGCAGCUUGCUGAAGAGUGUGAAUGCUGGGCAGCACAGGGAGCACUGGCACCACCAAGGACACCAAGCUUUUUUCCACUGGCAGACAGCUUACUUGGAGCUUUAUCAAGGAAUCUAUACUUGGAUUUGAUUAUGAAUUGAGGAGUUUGGAAUCAGCACACUGUGGAAAUCCUAAGCCAACGUUUCUUUUUUUGAUGUAGGAUUUACAAUAUGUCUACCUGACCGUACUCUUUGUGGCUCUGGAGUAAGGACCGAAAAUUAUUUAAACAAAUGUGCAUUCCUUGAUCAAAAAUAACACGAGUACCUCAACAGUACUUUAGAAUGCUGCUACCUUCAUUGUAUGAGCCGUGUCCUAGCUCUCAAAGAGGUUGACCAAUGAAGCCAUGGGACUCAGCCAGAGCUUUACAAAUGGGGCCUGUGGUAAAGCCCUGGACCAGCCGGUGGGAGAGUGGCUGGAGCACGUGGGGCUGCCGCAGUACGAGAGCAGGUUCCUGCUCAAUGGCUUCGACGAUCUACGAUUCAUGGGAAGUAACGUGAUGGAGGACCAGGAUCUCAGAGACAUUGGGAUCACUGACCCAGGACACAGAAAGAAAAUCCUUCAUGCAGCACGCAGCUUGCCCAAGGUAAAAGCACUGGGCUGUGAUGGCAGCACAUCUCUUGCCUCUUGGCUGGAUGGCCUCGGCCUGCAUGAAUAUCUGCCCAACUUUCUUUCAAGUGGCUACCGCACACUGGAGUGUGUUAAGAACCUGUGGGAGCUGGAGAUUGUCAAUGUUAUUAAGAUUGGUCCCCUGGGCCACAGGAAGAGAAUCAUUGCCUCUCUAGCAGAGAGACCCUAUGAAGAGGCUCCGUCCAAGUCCCGUCGUCUGUCCCCAAUUAUGUUCCAUGACCUCCUGUCCCAGACCACAUCCCCCCUCAGUCAGAUGGACCCCUACACUAGUCGCUCCAUGGACAUGCUCCUGCCCUUGACUGAGCCAGACAGGAGGAGGCGAGGAGUUGACCAAGACUGUAGUGUUUCUUUGCGUUCAUAUAGUGAGAGGCCGCGCUCUGUAAACAGACAGAGUGAACGACACAAAGACUCUCGUUUAAACCUCCGGCCACCGAGCCAGUCUGCUACCUACGCCACGGUGUCUGCCUGGCAUCACCAGCCUGAGAAACUCAUCCUGGACUCCUGCGGCUACGAGGCAACUUACCUAGGAUCAAUGAUAAUCAGGGAUCUACGAGGGAUUGAGUCCACACAAGAUGCCUGUGCUAAAAUUAGGAAAUCAAAGGAUUCAAGAAAGGGUCCAGUUGUCAUACUGUCCAUUACCUAUAGAGGAGUCAAGUUCAUUGAUGCAGCCACGAAGACUAUAGUUGCGGAGCACGAGAUCAGGAACAUCUCGUGCGCUGCUCAGGACCCAGAUGACCUCUGCACUUUUGCUUAUAUUACCAAGGAUCUGAAGAGUGGCCACCACUUCUGUCAUGUCUUCAGCACUGUGGAAGUGACACAAACCUACGAGAUCAUCCUUACACUGGGACAGGCAUUUGAGGUGGCCUAUCAGAUGGCAAUCCAGUCCAGAGCGAGACACUAUGUCCCACCUUCAUCUCUGGUCUCAGAGGUCAUAGAGACCAAAACCAGCCGUCCUGUAUCUCAGUCGUGGAGCAGCAUGCGGAGAUCAGCAGUCCUCCUGCUUCCCAGGGUGCCCCUCUGCUUGAAUGCCGCUGCUGUCACUGUCACACGUGUACUACCCACCGCCCUUCCUUCCUCCCGUUGCACUCUGUUAGCCCUGGAGUCCAGAUCGACCCCCUGGAGAUGGACGCAGACAUGCAGUCUCUGGGCAGCACCACCUGGCUCUUGGACCAGCGGGACUCCAACAGGCGCCCUGUCAGCACCAAGUACGAGACCACCAUAUUCUGAGGCCGGAUCCCCACAGCUGCCCCUCUGCACCCCCUCGUACUUUCCUUUCCCCCCUGCAUCCAGUUCUUAAUUUAUCUCCCACACACAUACAUACAUAUACAUGCGAGCCCCGUGCCUUCUCACUGUGAUGGUAUAGCAUCCCUCAGGGCUGCCUACUCCUGCACCCUCCUUUGCCCUGCCCAGCGACCCACACCAGCCCGUCAUGACAAACACUCCUGCGGCUCACCCGUGCCUCCCCAACACACCUGGCAGCCUCCCUCACCUGUUGCUGCUGCAGCCAGUGGCGGAGCCCUGGAACAGAUGAUCCUGGACUGAUGUCUUUUUACAGUGGCCCUGCUCUCUCAACCAAACUGCCUCUUCCUACUCCUCCUCCUCCUCCUGACAACUUGCAUCUGCCUCCAAAUCCCUGAUAGCUCCCAGAGGUUGCAUCUUUAUUAUCCUUCCUCUUUCAGGCCAUUUUUUUAAUUGAUUCUCCACAGGCAAAACAAGCAUGUUAAUUUUUUACUUUGCUCUGUAUCUAGAUAACACACUGGCUUGACGUAACAGCAAGUUUAAUUUCCAGAAAGGUUAUGUUUAUAACACUGAGUAAACUAGAAAGUUGUGUGUAAUACCAAAACGAAAAGUUCAACAUUUUGGGAAAUACGCUUAUUCGCUUUCUUGCCGAGAGUUAGAUGAGAAUAUCGAUACCCCUCUCACAUCUGUACAGUAAAUAUUAAGCUAUAACCAGCAGCCAGCUAACUUAGCCUAGGAUAAAGACCGGAAACAGGGGGAAACAGCUAGCCUGGCUAUGACCAAAGGUGACAAAAUCCACCUACCAGCACCUUUAGAGCUCACUAAUUAACGUUAUAUCUUGUUUGUUUAAUCCGUACAAAAACGGAAGUGUAAAGACGACAAAUUGCUGUUUCAUGGGGGGUUAUGUGCAGGACUAUUUUCUGGUCCUGUGUUUGACUGCAGCCUCCUGAUAGGUUGCAUUUUUAUUUUUUGUUUCAGGCCUUUUUAUUUAUUUAUUUUUUUUAUUGAUUCUCCACAGACAAGAAAGCUUGCUCAUUUUGAUUUAGCUCUGUAUCCAGACAUGCACACUGGCUUGACGUAACUUGCUGCAGUCUACGCUGGUUGCCGGGCAACUGAUCUCAACCGCGAAAUAGUCACUUAACCUCACGUAAAACGAUACGCACUUGUACAGAUUAAAAGAGCUACAGCAUGUUAAUUAAUGUGCUUUAGAGAUGCUGGUGGUAGCUUCAUAUUUACUGUACAGACGUGUGAGUGGUAUCAAUAUUGUCUUAACUGUCUAACUCUUGACAGGAAAGCAAAUAAGCCUUUUUCACAAAACUUCAAACUUUUCCUUCAACAGGCCCUUUUGAUAUUGCACAGAUCGAAGAUUUCGAUUUCAAGUCUGUAAAAUAAAAGUAUGAUUAGUUUUUUUUUUUCAACAUCAACUUUUUAUUUUUUAUUUACUGAAUUAUUUGAUUGUUUUGCCUCAAGACAGUUUUUUCUUUUUUUCUUUCUCCAUCUUUAGCCUGUCCUGUCUUACCAGGCAUCUACCACUGUGAGGCACUAUGAGGAGGCUGCUUUGCUAGCAUGGGAUGCAAGACGGACAAUUAAUCAAUGAAAGACAAAACAGCAACAUGCAGCAAUCAACCUGUUUUUUUCUACGCAUUUGUACAAUACUCAUUAUAAUACGAUGGAUCGGUCAUGAAUCUAUCACUGAUGUCUGAACUCAAACGGACCAAGAACUGAACCCUCGUAUACACACACAGGAGGACAACUUUCCUACACUUAACCGAGGACAACAGCCUUACUUCGUUUCGGUUAUCUAUAAUCAACUAAAGCCCUCACCUUUCCCAGACCUCCCUGAAUACCACCCAACAACUGCACGCCUCCCCCCCUGCUUCUAAAAGACUAAAAAAAAGACGAAACUUCUGAUUUCCUGGUGUGUUAAAUUGACUGUGACUGGCUGGGAUGACAUUGUUCUUAUGAUGGUACAGUUUUGUCCAGAUGAGAGUCUUUGCUCUGGCCUUGUACUGCCCUGUCUGCAGUCUCUCAGCAUUAAUGGUAGCAAUGAGAGACUGCAAAUCACAGCAUCUUCUUCUUGUCAAUUUAAAAAAAAAAACAAACACUGUGUUACAUACAACAAAGCUCUAUCCCUUUUAAUACCUUCUUUUCUUUUCUUACGGUGCAAAUAGGACAUUAGUGCAUUUUGUGAUACUUUUUGAUAGACGGGCUGACUGAAAUACUUUGGGAGAGUGUGAUAAAGAAGGGAUCAUGAAGGAUCCCAACACUGAUACAACCAGAGGCAAAAAACAAAGACCACCAAAACAAAUUACACAAGCAUAUAGAGUGUACUAACGUUGGUUCCACAUUUCACAAUUUUGCUAAUCUAAACAAAAACAUCCUCAACACGAUUUCAUUUGACUCGAGAAUAUAAAUGAGCCUUGAGCACAAUUUGGCGCACAUUUCCCAACAUAGCAUCUUAUUAUCAUGAUUACAUGGAUAGGUAUCCGUGCUGUUUCACACCAAUUUAGAAUUAGGUACAGUACAUGCAAAGUAUGUCACUUGAAAAUAAACGGCAGUGAAAAGAUUUAAUUCCACUACAUUAAAAGAGCCAAAUCUAAGUGUCGCUGUGGUGUCGUGUUAAUGGGAAUGGAUUUGUUAAGCUGAGAACAUGACACCGUUUGUUUUAUUUAUUUCUUUUUUAAAAAGAAUUUUCCUCCUGCACUGUGACUAAAAAAUGCUUGUUGUGGAGUCGACACGUAUCUGUGGGUUCUCCCCCUGUGUGCACUACCUACUGUGCGUGCUGUAUGCCUUGUUUCUGUCUGUCCUCAUGGGAGUUUGGACUGUUACUGUUACAUCACUGUCCACUGUCCUUGUUUCUGUGUGCAGCAGGAGAAGUGAGGUAUUGAGCUCCUCUCCAGAAGACAGUGUGUCUGGAGACUGACUGUUAAGAUGUAGCUGGUCUGUGUGCGGUACCGUGGCUGUGUCAUUGCCACUCUGUUCUGUCUGUUAACUGUUAGCUUCCACUGAUGAUGCAUGAUGGCAGUGUUUUUUGUACCCUUUGAUGCACUUGGCCUGAGCAGUCUUUGUAUGUACUGUAGCAGUGUCUCGUCUCUUCUCACUCAUCUGACAUUUGCUUUUUAUGUUCCCUCUCUUCGUUACACACCAAUACAGCGAUUCAUCUUCAUCCCUUCACGUUUUCAUUGUCGUCAUUUCUCCUACAUUUUGUCACGUAUGAUCUUCCAUUUUGUGUGUCACCAAGACAACCUGCUUUAGUAUGGAUGCAUAAUGUAAAAGCAUUACACUUUAAUGAGCAGCAGCUAUUUGAAGCAAGUUUUGGUGGCAUGAUAUGGCUGUGCAUGUACCGGUCUUUUUAACAUUGGUGUUUUCCUUGUGUAGCUCACCCCAGCGUUCAAGUUUCCGGAUACCAAGCUGUGAGUUGAAGGGGAGCAGCCGAUCUGAGUGUGUUUGUGUGUGUUGAGUUAGUGGGCAAAGCAGUGGAAAGAGAGAGAGAGAGAGAGAGAGAGAGAGAGAGAGAGAGAGAAAAAUGGGAGGUAAGCCUUAUGCAACGUGCAGGGCCAAACCAGCGCUACUCUGACAUUUAGAUCUCACUGUAUAUCCCCUGCUCCUCCACUGCCCCUGAUAUGAAUCCCAACACACAGAUGAAAGGUAACCUGUUGUUCCACACCGCUGGCUAAACAGGAUCUGUGUAACACUCUUGUCUUGAGAGAGGUCAGUCAGAAAGGUCAAGUCUAUUUCCUGGCCUCCGUAUGACUUUCUGAUCUUGUCAUGUAGGUACUGUAAUGUUUAGAGCACUGUAGACCAUUAAUGAUAUAGACCAUUAAUGAACAUUUCUAUUGAUUCAGGUCUAUUGGAGAUAGUAACUGGGAAAGGGUAAACAGAAAUGUAACAAAAUGUAGAGGAAAAAAAAACUGUACCAGCAUACAAUGCUUUGCCCAUGUUUGUGGACAGAGUAUGGUUUGUCAAUGAAAAUGUGAUACUGUUUCAAAUUUCAAAGCAAUAUUAUAUUAAUGAAAUUAAAUAAUGACAAAAGAUUCCCUCUCAA